GAUUUAGCUGAGUUAUUUAAAUCAUAGAGGAAAUAGUUAAAUUCACUUCUGUGUAAUCACUAACAUUUGAUUAAACAAACUAUUCCUAAAGGUCAUCUAAUAUGAAACAUAAAAAAUCACAAAUAUGGGACAAAAACAUUCUAUCAGGCCGGCCAAAUUUGUAUUAACAGCGUUUUACUUUUGGUUUUCAUUAACAUUUUUAAUUUGUCGUACAGCGUUUGUAUCACUUUGCGCUUCAAAAAUUUAUGAUGAAUCUAAAAAACCAUUAAAAAUUUUGCGAUCUAUUCCUGGAAAAUUUUAUAAAAAUGAGGCAAAACGUUUUUUAGAGCUAAUAGUAAAUACACAAGCUGCGUUAAGUGGAAUGAAUUUUUUUCAUAUUACGCGAAAGUUCAUGUUAAGCGUGGCAGGAACUAUAGUUACCUAUGAACUAGUCUUAAUACAGUUACAUUUUACGUUUGACACUGAAGGAGGUCAAGAUCCAUGUGGAUAAGGCAUAUUGAUGUACUCACAUUAAAUAUAAAUUUCACAUUACUUUCAAUCA